AUGUUCAUUUUGGGGAUGCAAAACAUGGCAAAGCUAUUUCCCCUUCAUUCUCAAAUAGCGAAAAUGAAGGAUAGAAUACAGGAAAUAAAAUAUACAGAUGAGAUGGAUUACAUCGUUGAGGGUCUGGAUAAUGAUGAAAUAGAUGAAUCUUUGAGGUUGGUAAUUGAUUCAAUAACUGAUGAAAGAUUCAAGACCUAUAUGAAAGAGUCUAGGCACCUGGAAGAAAUGAUCCAGAUAAUGUCCAGAAAGAAAAUAUCAGUGUCUGCAUCCAAUAUGAUACUAGAAAUAUUAUUCCAGGUAUUCAAUCCGUACUCGUUUGUUGACUUUGAAGGGUUGUUUAGAAUUUUGAUGGUGAUAUUUGAUGGUCUUCUGAUGGAAGGCACAUUAUUCGAUGCUUCUUCUUGUAUAAAACCAAAAAUAAAAUCCAUAAUAGAGUUACUCGGGAGAAUCCCAAUCAAAUGGUACCCUGGACUUUCUAAAUCCAUCGAGCUUAAAAAAAUAGUAUUUAUUUUGCAAAUAUGUAUGAGUAAAAGAAUAGUUAAGUGGAAUGAGUUUCUACUUUCUCUUUUGAUGGAGUGUCCUGAGUUUGAACUAAGCGAAGACUUUAUUAGAAUUUUAUUAAGGAAAGGAAGAAACUAUGAAAUAUUAGCAAACUAUACAACGCUUGAGGCAAAUGUUGGGAGAUUGUCUUUAAGUCCGAGUUUCAAGGAGUGCCUGAAGAAAGCUGUUCUAAGAGAGUUUGUAAAAAGCAAAGGCCCCAGAAUCCUUGGGUAUAUGAAGAGAGAAAGUUCUUCAUAUGCAGUUCCAUCCAUUCCAAGGCACAAAAGAGAAGAAAUGAGGAUUUUGAAUAGAAGAAAAUAUCUGAUGAUAAUACUCAUCAAUCUGAUUUCCAGGAACUUCUGUUUGGAUAUUCCUUUAGACUUAAUUGUAAGAGCCUACCAUACAGUAGAUGAAGUAACAAGAUGUUAUAUGGCCUUAUUUCUUCUCAUUUUUGUCCAAGAUUCAGAAAAAAACAGUAUUCAGAAUGCGUAUAUUGAAGACCUUAAAAAGAACGCAAGAUGUCUGAUUUUUGAUUGCAGUGCAUACCUAAACGAGGAUGUUCUAAGCAAGAUUGUCAAAAAAUCUAGCUAA